AUGAGCGACCCGGCCGUGUGCUGCUUCCUCACCAGGGCGCUGUGCGCGCAGGGCGGGCGGCUGGGGCUGCCGGAGCUGCAGCAGCACGCCGGGCUCUCGGCCCCGCAGCUGGCCGAGACGCUGGCGGCCGCGGGCCCCCGGCGCUUCCUGGUGCUGCGCGGCGGCGCCGAGGUGCUGGCCGUGACCGACGUGCGGGUCUGUGCCCGCAGGGAGUGCGGCGGCUGCGAGCGGCUGCACCUCUGCAAGCUACACCUCAUGGGCAGGUGCCACAUGCGGCCCAGCUCCUGUAAGUACUCACAUGACAUCACCAGUGCUGAGAACAGAAAAGUUCUAAAAAAACAUGAUUUGUCUGGCCUCAGUGAGGAUGAGCUGCGAAUCCUGCUUCUCCAAAACGACGCUUUCUUCCUCCCUGAUACCUGCCAAUUUUACAACAAAAAAGGUGGUGUCUGCAUGCAGCAAAACAACUGCAACAAGCUUCAUGUUUGUCGACACUUUCUCCAGGGGGAUUGUAGAUUUUUGCUAUGCAUGAGGUCCCAUAACCUCUUGGAUGACCAUGCAUUGAGAGUGUUGGAAACUGGAGGCAUUGAUGGGAAAAUAGCUUCGAACCUCCAGAUUAUAUAUGAUCACAAGCACAUGGAAUUCAACAAGGAACUGAAGAAGGGAAAUGUACACAACUACAAACCAAGGGGAAAUUAUUUGAAACAAGAAGUAGUUACAAGGAAUAAAGAACCUAAAGUGCCUCUGCAAACUGUGGACUCCACACUGCAUGUGCCAUCUCCAGAAGGUCCUGGUAGCACCCUGCCUGGUCAGAGACAACAGCAGUUGCCAACAGGAGGUAAAGAUGAAGGUCCUGGUAGCACCCUGCCUGGUCAGAGACAACAGCAGUUGCCAACAGGAGCUGGAGGUAAAGAUGAAGAUAAAAAGGACGAUUCCUCUGCUGAAGCUUCAAAGGACAACAAAGAAGUUAACUGUGAUGAGAUCUGUGUGUUCUAUGUCUGGAAGUACUGCAAACAUAAGGAUAAAUGCAAAUCUGUUCAUUACCAUUUGCCAUAUAAAUGGGAGAUAUAUGAUGGGAUCACCUGGAAAGACCUUUCCAUGAUGGAGGAAAUUGAAAAGGCCUAUUGUGACCCAAAAAACAGCAGCAUAGCAGGCAGGAACAUUAACUUCCAGACAAUGACCUGCUCUUCUUCCCCGGUUCGACGCCUCUCUACACCGUCAUCCGUCACAAAACCCACAUUCGUACUGACCACACAGUGGGUUUGGUACUGGAAGAAUAACAAAGGCCAAUGGACUGAAUAUGGAGAGCAGGGAGAAGGGGACAGUGUGGACUCGCCAUCUUCUGCUGUUCUUGAGAAUUUGUAUCAAGCAGAUCCAGAUGCCACCAUAUCUUUCCAGGCUGGUCAGCAUCAUUACAACCUCAAUUUUAAAGAAAUGACCCAGACAAACAUUGCUUUUAAAACCCGAAGAGAGGUCUGCAGGAGACCAAAAUUUGUGUCUUCUGAAGAUGUGCAGAAGAUAAAGAAAGGCCAGAGGGAUUCUUCUAUUCCAAAUCAAGCCUGUCCUAGCCACUGGGAUCAAUCUGCACUGCCUGACUUGGGAUACAAGGCAGUGGUGAUCAGUAGUGUGACCUCUGAAUACAACGCAAUAAAGCAGCUGUUCCAUCAGACUAUGAAAACCUACAGCAUCCUUAAAAUACAGAGGAUUCAGAAUCCAUCCCUCUGGAAGGUGUUUCAGUGGCAAAAGGAGAAGAUGAAAAGGGAAAAUGGAGGAAAGGAAGUGCAGGAAAAGCUCCUGUUCCAUGGAACCAACACCUCCUUCAUGGAAGCCAUCUGCACUCGGAACUUUGACUGGAGGAUUUGUGGAAAAAAUGGAAGUAACUAUGGAAUGGGAAGUUACUUUGCUAGAGAUGCUUCCUAUUCCCAUGCAUAUUGCCAGGCUGCAGAGAAAGGACACAUGAUGUUCGUGGCUCGUGUUUUGGUUGGAGACUACAUUAAAGGGAAUGCAGCCUAUGUCCGCCCUCCAAGGAAGUCUGCGGAUGGGCUUUGGUUUUAUGACAGCUGUGUGGAUGAUGAGUUAAAUCCUUCUGUUUUUGUUGUCUUUGAAAAACACCAGAUUUACCCAGAGUACAUAAUAGAGUAUAAAGAGGAUGAAAAAAAAUGUGUUAUAUCUUAGAGGGAUCGUGGCAGUUUAUAUCCCUCAUCUUGUUUUCCGUACUGCAGGUGUUCUCAUACUUGGUGACUUCUUUCUUCUUAAUACAGUUCUUUGGAAUGUUAAUCCAAACAAAUUUUGCAUUGAGGAGGGCUGGCAAAACAGAUGUUACAAUUGAGACUAACUGCCUUCUCUUCUUCCUCUUUUAAAUGAAGCAUAGACAUUUGGAUAACUGUAGCAGGAAAAUCAGAAUUGUGGGAUGGGAAAUCGAAUGUUAUGACUUCUGUGGGCAAAUAAUUAUAAGUGCAUUGUCUUAAAAACAGAGAGGAUUUCUCUUUGUAAAAUGUUAGAAGAAAAAUUAACAGUACAGUAGUUUUUAAGGAAGCUUUCAGGUUUUUAUAGAGAUUCUUUUCAGUGCAGAAUUCAUCUGUUCUUGAUCCUCUAAUCUGUCAUUACUGUAAACAGCUCAGUGUGGGUAAGAAUGCAGAGUCUGUUUUCAAAAUACUGCUUGUUAAUGCUGAUACGAGUUUCGAGUUCAAAUGGUAUAAAAAGAAAAAGCCUUUAUUUAGGAUAUUAAUCCACGUCGUUCAUUCCUGAGCGGAAAAUUUUCAUCUGUACAAUGGCAGAUGGAUCAGAAAGUUGUUGGAUCAAAUUCUUUGUGGAGAUCUGCAGUAACUUGUUUUGACCUCUACAAAAAGAGAGCUGAACUGAAGCUGUGAAAGCCACAGCCUAUGAGUAAGCAGACAGUGAAACGGAGGGUUUGGCUGCAGCUCAUGGCUGUAAGGGUACAGAGGCUGUGUCCCAACAAGCCAGGCUUUGCAGUGGAUGUGGCCACGUAGUUUCUCAGCGUGAACAUUUGCUCUGCGAAUGUGAUAGGACAGGAGAAACUUCUUAAGAAGCAUCAAGAUUUUCUGUCCUAUUUGCGUUAAUUUUCGUUUUUCCAGAUGUAGGACACAACUGGAAGAGACCGGUUACGUUCUCUCAAGGCCAGUGGUAGAACUGCUGUCCUAAGACACUGUCCACAUGUUUUGUUGCCCACGUUGCACUGGGCAACGCGCUGACAAGUGAGGUUCCUUUGUGUUUUGAGGUAGCUGUGGGUGAUCCCACAUACUGCUUCCCUGACUCUGCUUUGGAGAAACUUGCUUUCUCCACGAUGUACAACCCUAACAAUGGUGUCUGAGCCCUUUUUUGCAGUUACCUGCUUUUUAUUGUUCCCAAAACACCCCACCAGAAACUUGUGCAGAGUUUCCACUGCAUUUUAAUAAGGACUCUGUAAGCUGACAGAACUGAAGACCCUCUGUACAAAGAUGUCUUAUUCAGGCAGUCUAGCUGUUAAGCGAGAAACUGUUGGUGAGGACAGAGGAGCAGUAAUUUUUACUUUCAGAUAAGCUUUACAGUAACACCAAUAGCCUUCCAGUUUUUUGCAUCUGUGAUAUAAAUCUGUCAGCCACUCAGAGAUUGCAAGUUCCCAAGAGGAUGGGAAAAGAUAAACCCAGGAAAUCUUAUUAAAACUACUGUCUUAGAACUAAAUGAAAACAUGUGUCAGUAAAGCAUUAAAAGGGGAAGAUUUUGCCACUUUUUAAGAUCUCUCUCGUUUGCCUGUAGAGUUCCUGAAUCACUGACUUUGCUAUAUUUGCAAAUAAAAUGUGUUUUCAGUCA